AUGACGUCGAAGGAGUCGAAGGAUGUGGAAGCGGGGACAAAAGCAAGUGAAGCCAGUGAUUUCCAAAUGUCUGAUUUACAAAAGUGCGGUAAAUACAUAUACUACUUGACACUGGUUUACUUCAUCAUGGUUCUUACGCAAGUCUGUAACCUGUUGUUCAUGACAUUUGCUGACCGAAAGCCAACUGUAAAGGAUGUUUGCGAGAAAAAUUAUCAUGAUUACAUUGGAUCCAAAGCGUGUAACAAAACAAAUUGCUGGGUUACAACGAAUGAAACAGGGAAAACAGUUUGUUCCUCACGCACCUACGAUUUCAUCCCGAUCAGAAACGAUGGGCAGAUAAGGCGCAAUGUGAUUGGAAAGGAACCCAGUUUGGUCGAGCAAACUCACUCAGUUUGGGUCACUGAAUGGAGCCAGGUGAAGAGUAAUCGCCGAAGAUCAGCGGCGGCCGGUACCGAACUUGCUGGGUAA